CCAUGCCUCCCCUUGUUGUCUUCCUCCCCUCUUUGAUCCUCUCCUCCUCCUGUCUCUUCCCCCAAAUAACCAGCGAAUUCACCAUGCCGCUUCCUCCCCUCCGCCGCUCGCCGCCCCUUACCGGCUGAGCCCACCUCCCCCUCCGCCGCUGCCACCGGGUCCCCCCGCUGCCACCGGGUCCCCACACCCUCCAAAUCCCCAAAUCCCCCAAGUACGGGAAGGAAGGGAUUGAUCGACCGAUCGAUCGAUCCAUCCGCCGCCGAUCUCCUCAUCCUCCGCCUCCGCCGCCGCCAUGUUCAACAAGAUCAUCAAGCGCGGUAACCGCAAGGGGACGCGCUCCGAAGGGGCCGAGCCUGCCGCGCGCCCCGCGGCGCCAUCGUCCUCGUCCGGCGGCGCCGGGGCGGCCGCGCCCGUCACCGUCAACCACGCCUCACGCGCCUCCGCGCCGUCGCCGUCCUCGCCCACCUCGCCGCACGUCGCUCCCUCUGCCUUCCCGGCCGUCCCCGCGUCCCACACCUCGCCGCCGCUCCUCGAGCCGCUCCCGCUCCUCCGCGACGUCGCGGCCGCUGACCGCCCCGGGCUCCUCCUCCGCAAGCUACGCCUCGUCGCCGCGCUAUUCGACUUCUCCGACUCCCUCAAGCACCCUCGCGAGAAGGAGGCCAAGCGCCAGGCGCUCCUCGAGCUCGUCGACUACGUCCAGGCCCCCGCGGCCGCAGCCAACGCCAACGCGCCUGCGCGCCUCCCCGACAACGUCCAGGAGGCCCUAAUCGCCGCCAUCUCCGUCAACAUAUUCCGCCCUCUGCCCCCCGCGCCGUAUGAGUCUGCUGCCGCGAUUGACCCUGGUGCCACCCCGGAUGAUGAGGAGGAACCCUACCUUGACCCGGCUUGGCCACACCUGCAGCUUGUCUAUGAGCUCCUGCUCCGGUACGUUGUGUCUCCUGACACAGACACUAAGAUUGCUAAGCGGUAUGUGGACCACGCUUUCGUGCUCCGCCUCCUCGACCACUUCGAUUCUGAGGACCCCCGCGAACGUGAGUAUCUCAAGACUGUGCUCCACCGCAUCUAUGGCAAGUUCAUGGUUCAUCGCCCGUUCAUCCGCAAGGCCAUCAAUAAUGUGUUCUAUCGGUUCAUCUUUGAGACCGAGCGCCAUAAUGGUAUUGGCGAGCUCCUUGAGAUUCUUGGUAGCAUAAUCAAUGGCUUCGCUCUGCCUAUGAAGGAGGAGCACAAACUGUUCCUCACCCGUGCGCUCAUCCCACUACACAAGCCCAAGUCUGUUGGUAUCUACCACCAGCAGCUGUCCUACUGCAUUGUCCAGUUCGUUGAGAAGGACUACAAACUUGCAGAUGCUGUGAUCAGGGGCCUGCUCAAGUACUGGCCAGUCAUAAAUUGCCAGAAGGAGGUGCUGUUUUUGGGGGAGCUCGAGGAAGUGCUCGAGGCGACACAACCUACGGAGUUCCAGCGGUGCAUGGUGCCGCUGUUUAAACAGAUCGGACGCUGCCUUAACAGUUCCCAUUUCCAGGUUGCUGAGCGGGCUCUGUUCUUAUGGAACAAUGAUCACAUUGUAAGUUUGAUUGCCCAAAAUCGGGGUGUUAUAUUUCCAAUAAUAUUUGAAGCACUUGAGAGGAACAUACAGAGCCACUGGAAUCAAGCUGUCCAUGGUCUCACCGCAAAUGUACGCAAGAUGUUUUUGGACAUGGACAGUGAGCUAUUUGAAGAGUGCCAACAGCAGUACAUUGAGAAACAAGCAAAAGCCAAAGAACUGGAAGAGCAACGAGAGUCGGCAUGGAGACAAUUGGAAGCUGUUGCUGCCAAGGCUGCUGGAGAUGACAUGGUUUUGGUCAACUAGAAGAUGUUUAUGCUUGCUCAGAUGAUCGGUGCCCACAAUCUGACAAGCAUCCAUGUGUACCUACCUGUCAACUCCAUAUCAAUGUUGGUUGCUGUGCGCCCGUCUAUCUUUGAUGGCUUGGAACGUGAAGGUCAGUGUUCCUCAGGUCUAAGCGAUGAUUGCUAAGUCGAAAGACGAUGAUGGUAGCAGAAGCCAAUUCUUCCUAUGCCCAAUGAGGUUCUGCUAUGGUACCCAACUCUUCUUUUCUUCAACUCCUUUCCUAGUUACUUUUCAUGAAUGAAUAAUCAGACCUUGUAUUAAUCCUUCAUUGUUUGCCCUAGUUCGCUACCCACAAUUGGGAGAAUGCAAGUAGAAAAAUGAGUGAGCUAGAUGUAAGCUCAUUCUUUGUUUCUUUCUCUUCUUUUUUCUUUGGAGAUAUUUUAAAUUCGUCAUGUUGUACGAGUAUCAUCACAAAUGGAGAUGAAAACUGCUUUAAUUUAGUGUGUGGUUGAUGCUAAUACCAUCAAGAUAA